UCCUCCGCCGCGGCCGAUUCUCCCUUCACUUGCCCGCCCUGCUCCGACCCCAAUUUCUCCUUCUUCCCCAAAUCUCACCUUCUUGACCAAGAAUCAUCAGCAGCCGACGCUCUCGUCGCGGCGGCUAAUAUCUCGGCGGUUCUGAUGAACAACGCGGCAGCUGAGUUGAAGAAGGAAGCUGAGGAGAAGAUCUUGGCAGCUAAAGAGGCCAAGAAGAGAGCUAAGGAAGCUUUGGGGUAUCUUCAGGACCUUGUUGUCAAGCAAAAAGCUUUGGAGAAGAAGAUGAAUUGUAACAACCCUAACCCUAACAAGAGGAAGAACAGUGACCGUUAGUUGAUUCUCACAAAUUCUCUCACCAAUAUCCUCUGCAUUUAUCUGUGGUACGUAGGGUUUUUUUUUUAAAAAGACUACUUCUUUUGCUAUUAUCAGCUAAAAAUCAUUUGGCUUCUUCAGUUUUUUUUAGUUCACAGUGAAAGCUGGAGACUUUGAGUUUAGGGGUUUAGAUUUACUUCUUUCUUUUUUGUAUAAUGGUGUGUCAGAUGCAGUGACAAUUUCAAACCCUAUUAAAAUUUGUCUUGUUGUAUUGUUUACUGGUUUGAUGAUGAUGAUUUUCAUGGAAGAAGAUUUUUGUUCA